UCCUCCGCCGGCAACAACUCGGCGCCCGCGGUCCAUGGACCGGAACCCAGGGCCGACGAGCAGGAACCCGGGCCGCGAUCGCCGCCUCCCCGCCCCAGGCUCCUCCUCUUCGCUCCCCACCGCCUCCUCCGGAGCCCCGCAGGCCGCGCACAGCCACUGCCGGACUCGCGGAGCCGCCCCGGGAGGCUGGGUGGCGAGUUCGCGACUGUCGCCGGUCUGAGGCCUACUCCGCCGCCUCUCAGUGCUAUUGUCCCUGGGCUUGGCCGUGACCGGGUCCGCCGAGGAGGGACAAGUGUGCCGGCUCGGCAGAAGAUGCCGGAACAAGCCCUACAGCAGAUGUUGGACAGAAGUUGCUGGGUGUGUUUUGCCACUGAUGAAGAUGAUAGAACAGCUGAAUGGGUGAGACCAUGCAGGUGCAGAGGAUCCACAAAAUGGGUUCACCAGGCUUGUCUACAGCGCUGGGUGGAUGAAAAACAAAGAGGAAACAGUACAGCCAGAGUGGCAUGUCCUCAGUGCAAUGCUGAAUACUUAAUAGUUUUUCCAAAGUUGGGUCCGGUUGUUUACGUCUUGGAUCUUGCAGAUAGACUGAUCUCAAAAGCCUGUCCAUUUGCUGCAGCAGGAAUAAUGGUGGGCUCUAUCUAUUGGACAGCUGUGACUUAUGGAGCAGUAACAGUGAUGCAGGUUGUAGGCCAUAAAGAAGGUCUGGAUGUUAUGGAGAGAGCUGAUCCUUUAUUCCUUUUAAUUGGACUUCCUACUAUUCCUGUCAUGCUAAUAUUAGGCAAGAUGAUUCGCUGGGAGGACUACGUGCUCAGACUAUGGCGCAAAUACUCAAAUAAGCUACAAAUUUUGAACAGUAUAUUUCCAGGAAUUGGUUGUCCUGUUCCUCGAAUUCCAGCUGAGGCUAAUCCUUUAGCAGAUCAUGUCUCCGCUACCCGAAUUUUGUGUGGAGCCCUUGUCUUUCCUACUAUUGCAACAAUAGUUGGUAAACUGAUGUUCAGUAGUGUUAACUCUAAUUUACAAAGGACAAUCUUGGGUGGAAUUGCUUUUGUUGCCAUAAAAGGAGCAUUUAAGGUUUACUUCAAACAGCAGCAAUAUUUACGUCAGGCACACCGCAAAAUUCUAAAUUAUCCAGAGCAAGAAGAAGCAUAAAACUGUGACUUCCAGUUUUCUGCAGUCCUCUCAUCCUUAUGAGUUUGUUUUGUUGUUUUAAUUCCAUCAUUAAUGUGCUUGUGGAGAUUUGUGAUAAGCUGCUGCUCCUAUAUUUUUUAAGAAAUACAAUAAAGCACUUAGGGCAGGGGAAAUCUCAGUAAUCACGGAACCUAAGGAUAUGAUUUGUUUUCAUUGUGUUGUAUGUACUUCUUUUAUGGUAGUCAUCUGAACCAUUAUCUUAGCAUGGUAAACCUGCUUAUAUUUUCUCCAGACAGAAAUGUAAAGAUCAAACUGCGCAAAUAUUAAAAAAUGCACUGCUGUUUUAUUCAAAUGCCUCUUUUGUACAUGUUCAUGUUCAGUGUUUUCUUAUAAUCAGCAACUCAAUGAAGGUAUUGUGAGGAUUUUUCUCACUGGCAUAAUUUGAUUACAUGCUAAACAGGAACAUAUGUUAAUAUGCGGAAAUGUAAAUUAAAUUAGUUAUAAAUAACAAACCAAAAAUGUAUGUAAACAUUCAGAUGAUUAUCUGAACAAAUGAGAUUUUGUUGUGUUUUCUUUAAUCUAUAUGUUCUCCAAAAGGUAUAGAGUAAAAAUUCACAGGGCUUCCAGAUCACUUUUUCACUAUUAAAUUUUAUUUAUAUAAUGUUGACAUCUCAUAGUUCAUAAUGUAAUUUUGACUCAUGCAGUCUUGAUUACAGUGUGUGUGUGUCUGUGUAAUCAGGUCCUUCCAUCUCUGGAGUAAGUUUUUAAAUCCAUAUUUCUAUAAAUUAGAGCUGCCAGUUUAUAGUAGUUUGAGCAGAGAACAAUUUGCAAAAAAAUAAUAAUAAUAAAGUUAUUUUGCUCUCUCACUGAUUCAGUUAUUCAGAUAUUUGUCGAUCACCAACUUUUUGCCCAAGCACUGUGCAAAGUGCUAUGCAAAACUGGUGAACAAGAUAGAGUUGGUCCCAGCUCUUACAGAGUUUACAGUCUAGUUUCAGCAGAUAGAAAACCAGCAGUGAGUAAACCAAGGUGAGGCCUUGAGCUCUUUUCUUUUAUAUCAGUCAGAGGAGAUAAUUAUGAAGACAAGAAGUCUUGAGUAAAUAUUGAUGUCAUUGUUUUUGGCUUAAGUUUAUUAUAGAAAAUCAAUAUUAAUGUUUUUAAAUUUUAAUUGCUUGUCAUAUUGAUGAGGCUAGCACCUUAUUAAUCACUUUUCAACUAGUUUUAUAUUCAUUUUUCAAAAAAGCAAUUAUUUAUUUUAAGCAAUUUUCAAUAGAGUAGACAUUUUAAUGUUGUUCAGCAAUCUGAGUGGUCUUGCAGUUACUUUCAUUAAUUAAAAUUAAAUUUCUUAAAGUUCCAAAAACCUUAUUUAUUUUCUUGUUCAAAGUUAUCUAAUGCAUGACAAUAGUAAAUGUUUCCCCUUACUGAUAAGCGGCCACUUCUCUUUAGGAGUGUAGCAAAUGUAGAUUAAGUUUUGCUAGAUUGCAAUAACGUAUGUUAACUUUAGUAAUUAAAGACUGGUACCUUUCUAUAGAAUGAAUGUCUUAAUUUUGAAUUAUAACAUGUGAUGUUUAUGUGAAUGGCUGUUGAACAUUCAAAAGUUGUAAUUUGGGGAGGAAGAGAAGAUUUGAUUGACAAUGAGCCUAUUAAGAACACUGCUACAGUUCUGAAGGGGAAAUAUAAAAUCUAUGAUUAUGUAUAAAAAUAACAGAUUAUAUAGCUGCAAUUAUAAAAAAAAAUUGGCUUUUCUUUCAUUUCCAAUGUGAAAAGAUAUAUUAAAUGGAUAUUUCCUGCAUAAUUUUGUUAUAUAGAAUAGCUUUUAGGCAGCAUUUACUAAAGUUAUGCAAGCACACUUUAAUGCCCAAGAUGGAGAGUAGCUGCUUGGGUUUAUUGGCAUCAGGGCUUGUAAUAGCCAGGAAACAACUUGAGUCCUUUUGGGGCAGGAGGGAGGGAUUUCUAGGGCUGUGGGGAGGGAACUGCAAGUGCCUGGGGACCAGAGUGGCCUCUAGUCCUGGAAUUGAACACUUUUAAAUCUAAAGAGCCUUCGCUCGAGAAAUACCAUGUGCCAGCCUUUCUAGGAAGGUGGCCUGCCCCACCGUGAAGCAAAGGAGGAGCAUGGGCAGACUUACAGUUGGAUGGACCUGCGUUCGAAUCCUAAUUCAGCUUUUAAUAUCUGUAUGUAUGACCUUGACCAAGUGACUUAACUUUCUCUCAGCUACAGUUUUCUUCAUCUCUGAAAUGCAAGUAAUACUUAUCUCAGAAGACUGUUUCUAGGAUUAACUGAGAAAUUAAAGGAACAGAGUAACUUUAGGCUCAGAAUAGCCCCUAUAGAGCAGUAGUUGUUUCUUAAUCGCUAAAUAGUCUGUUUGCACUAUAGGAAAAGGGAAUGAAGAGGUAAAAGAAAGACAUUAGGGGCAAAUUAAGGAGAUGAUGUACACUUUUGGGGUGGGUGGGUAUAUUUUAUGUUUUCCAGUUUAUUUUCAUAUUGCUUUAUUGUGUUAUUUCUAGAAACUUUAAUGUUUUAAACCUUUUAUAAAAACCAAUUAUGACUUGUAGAAUUUUGUUCUUUGCAGAAGUUAACUUAUCUCCAUUCAAAGUCGCUGGAAAUAUUGUUCAUCAUUACAUGAUUAUCAAAUGACUGUGAAGAAUAUAUAAUUAAACUUAGUGACUUAAUUGUCACUGCCUUGCUAACUCUGCUGUAAUUUUUUUAAACGUCUUGUUUUUAAUAUAGCAGACUAUCUCAGUACUGGCUGGAUUAGGUUGAAUAAAGAAUUUUUAUGUUCUCUA